CUGAUUCAUUGAUUUUUGUUUGAUACAAUCCUCAGUUGUUGCUCCAGUUUCCCAAUGUGGGUAUCAAGCCACUUCUUUUUGGGUGGGUGCUCUUGUGUUGUCGAAACUCGGAGUCGGGAGUGACUUACCAAAUUCGGCAAGUCGGCUUCGGCAACUUACACUCGAACUUUUCCUUCGCCAACUUUCCUGAUCAAGACUUUCCAACUCAACCAACAACAACCACCAACUCACAACACCACCGAAAAUAGACAUAGAAACCAACGAUGCCCUCAACAUCAACCAUCAGAACCAUCAUACCAUCAUCCACUCGAUCCAUCAAGCCAAGCCAACACUCCGCCAAGCUCAGAUCAUUCGCAACAGUCUCAAACUCAGUCCCAACUAACACUCCCAGUCGCUCGCAUGGUGGCUUGAAAGACCAAGACAGGAUCUUCCAAAAUGCCUACAUGAAGCACGACCAUCUCCUACAGGGUGCUCAAGCCCGAGGAGACUGGCACAAAACAAAAGACAUCAUCCUGAAGGGCCACGAGUUCAUCAUCAAAGAGAUCAAGGAGUCCGGCCUGAGAGGGAGAGGAGGCGCAGGCUUCCCAUCGGGCUUGAAAUGGUCAUUCAUGAACAAGCCCGGCUUCGAGAAAGACCCCCGUCCGAGAUACCUCGUCGUCAAUGCCGACGAGGGAGAACCCGGUACUUGUAAAGAUCGCGAAAUCAUGCGUGGCGAUCCUCAUAAAUUGGUCGAAGGCUGUCUCGUCGCCGGUCGGGCUAUGAACGCAUCUGCUGCUUACAUCUACAUCCGAGGUGAAUUUAUCAUGGAAGCUCAUCAUCUACAAGCCGCGAUAGAUGAAGCCUACAAGGCCGGUCUGAUCGGCAAGAAUGCCUGCAACUCUGGCUACGACUUUGAUGUGUAUUUACAUCGAGGAGCGGGAGCAUACAUCUGUGGAGAAGAGACCGCCCUGAUCGAGUCGCUGGAGGGAAAACAAGGCAAGCCGCGAUUGAAGCCGCCGUUCCCAGCGGAUGUGGGCCUAUUCGGAUGUCCCACUACGGUGGCCAACGUCGAGACUGUCGCGGUCGCUCCGACGAUCAUCCGCAGAGGCGCUUCAUGGUUCAACUCCUUCGGCCGCGAACGUAACAGUGGCACCAAGCUCUUCUGUAUCUCCGGCCAUGUGAACAAUCCCUGCGUCGUCGAAGAAGAAAUGUCGAUCCCCUUGAGAGACUUGAUCGACAAACACUGCGGCGGUGUGAUUGGCGGAUGGGACAACUUGCUCGGAAUCGUUCCUGGUGGCUCAUCUGUACCAGUCUUGACUAAACCUGAAUGUGAAGAAGCCUUGAUGGACUUCGAUUCGUUGAAAGAUCUCUAUUCAGGAUUGGGAACAGGCGCAGUGAUCGUGAUGAACAAAUCAACGGACAUCGUAGCAGCCAUUGCCCGAUUUGCGAAAUUCUACAAACACGAGAGUUGCGGGCAAUGCACUCCAUGCAGAGAAGGUACCACAUGGAUGGAGAAGAUGAUGGACCGAUUUGUCGUCGGCCGAGCCCAUGAACGAGAGAUCGAUAUGCUAUGGGAACUCACUCGGCAGAUCGAAAACCACACCAUUUGUGCUUUGGGUGAUGCUGCAGCUUGGCCAAUCCAAGGAUUGCUACGAAAAUUCAAGCCAGAAAUCGAGGCCAGAAUCCAAGACUUCCGAGCCAAGAACGGGCCAGUGCUUCUCGGUGGAAAAUUGCAAUCCGAGGUGCCAUUGAAUCAAGUCAUUCCUGAUUCUUUCUCAGCUGGCUUCGACCGUGAACACAAGUCCCUAACGUCUUCCUAGUAGAAGGAAACAUUACCCAAUUCCACAACCACACAAACUACUUUUUCCCUCAUCACGAAGACAACUCAUUUUUGAUGCUCUGAAUGUCUCACUACCAGCCUAAAGCAUUAACCAGAUAUUCACACUUUUUCAGGAAAAAAAACCCUGAGAAAAAUGUGUGAUUUUCGUCAAUUUUGUUUGUACUUUUUUUCUUCUUCUUUCUCUUCCUCUCUCCUCUCCUCUCAACCAAUACUUUUUUUUCUUCAAAUUUAGUUGUUCUUCAUAUACAUAUACACAUGCAAAACCAAUUAAAUAAAUCCAUAAAUAUUCUGAAGAAGCAGGAAAAGAAUUGGAUGAACAGAGACUGAAAAAACAUUGUGAACAUAGAUGUCCUGGCCCUCCACAAGAUGUAUGUUGUUGGUAUGAUGCAAAGGGAUUGAUAGAUGAUUGUCAUGUUUGAAAAUGCCCUCUUCAUCCUCAAGCCUUCAUAGCCCAAAAUCAAUCUCCUUCU